CGAGGCGGGGCAGAGGUAGGAGGGGAAUGGGAAGCGCGAGAGUUCGCCGGCUGCUGCUCAGAGCGCGAAGGCGGGAGGGAGAGGAGGUCGCGCGCCGUGAAGCGCAGAAUGGAAACAGACUGUAGUCACGUGGAGCUUAGCAGUAACACGGAAAUUGAAGAGUCUGCAUUUCAAGAUUUUGAAAGAACAGAUGUAAAAGACAUGAGACUAGAAGCCGAAGCUGUUGUGAAUGAUGUUCUUUUUGCUGUUAGCAACAUGUUUGUCUCCAAAAGCCUGCCUUGUUCAGAUGAUGUUGCAUAUAUCAAUGUGGAAACAAGAGAAAGGAACAAAUACUGUCUGGAGCUCUCAGAAGCAGGGCUUAGGGUGGUGGGUUAUGCUUUUGACCAGGUGGAUGAUAAUAUACAAACUCCCUACCAUGAGACAGUAUACUCUUUGUUGGAUACCCUUAGUCCAGCAUACCGAGAAGCUUUCGGAAAUGCACUCCUAAGAAGACUGGAAGCUUUGAAACAGGAUGGACAGUCUUAAUUUAUUCUACAAUAUAAACUUUCCUUUGGGCUUGCUGCUGGAAACUUUAAAUUUAGACCCUAGAUUCUUGCUAAUGAAUAUAAUAUGAAAUAAUUUUUUGUUUUGUUUUUCAGCAUUACUGUUUGCUUCAAAUAUAGGCUCAUUCCAAGCAGUAUUAAUAAUAAACUGCUCUUCUUACUUCUUCCACCUAGGGAAUUUGGCAGCCCUUGAUUUGUGAUAUAGAUCAUGAAUAUGUUUAGAUUUCUUUGGAAUACUAUUUCUGCAUUUUGAAAACAAAACAGUAUUUUAUUAUAAAAAUGCAGGGCUUUAAUGCAUCUAGCAUUACAUGUGGAAUUCUAGAUUUGCCUAAUAAAAUUGGCAUUCUAAUUAAUUCUCUACAAUUUUAAUCCAGCUUGCUAAAUCAGGGGUUCAAUAUUAGCUUGGACUGAAUUUGUAGUGAUUAUUUUGCUACUGGCCUUACCAGGGAACAAAUCAUCAACUAGUUUCCCCUGCACAAACUUUGAAAUUGCUUAAACUAUUUAUAUUAGUGCGAAUUGAUUUUAAAAAAAAUGUAUAUAACUUAUCUAGUAUUGUUGUGCUAAAUGACACAGGGAUUAGCAUAGUUUUAUGUAUCCUAUUUGCAACAGUCAGCCAGCUAAAAAAGGAUAAACCUUUAGCCUAUGAAUGUAAAAAUUACUAUCUAAUCUCUAAGAUUCCUAAGCACAGAAUAAAAAUAGGCUCCAUCUUUUUUUCUUAAUAAAGAACAUCAUGAAAUUGCAUUAUUAAAAAGAUGUUAUAAUCUGUUUUCCUAGGAAACAAUAUUUUGGCCCAUGUUGAUUCUUAUUUUUCUGAAUGUUUGUUUACAUAAUGUACAGUGUUUAUAUAUUCAAAAGUAUUUUUGCUUCAAUGUUUACUUUCUAAAAUGUAGUCCUUUGGUAUCCUAUGAUGCUUCCCUCUUUCCCUUCAAGUGUACAGUGUUUUGUGUCAAUGCUAAAUCUACAAUGUAAUAAUGCAUUGUAUAGGUUUGAAACCAAAGGACAUAUGAAGCAUUCAAAGACUAAUAUUUGGAAAAAGGAUACUCUGUAUUUUGUAUUUUACUACAAGUACUAAUAUUUGUAAGUUUAUUUUAACUGAAUCAUGCUGCUAUGUGUUUUCAGGUACAUGUUGGAUGGGAACAAUGGGGAUUGGUUUUUAAAUAAUCAGCUAACACCAUAGUAGAAGUAAAAUUCAAUACCUGGAUAAGUUUCCUGAGUCUCCUGAAUUUGCAAAGUGUUAUUCUUAGUUUAAUAAUAAAACAUACUCCUUUUUGUUCUGACUAAAUAUUAAUUUGUAUAGGCCAGAGCAGACUUAAAUUAACUUUUUGUAGUCAAUUAUUAUUGACAAUUAUUGGAAUGCUUUCGUUAAAUUUCAGAGGAUUCAAAAAUGUGUAGCUUUGUUUUCAAUGCUUAAUAGUAAAAACAAAUCUACAUUUGACAAAAUUUCUCAUGGUCAUUUUCAAGCUAAAUGUAAAAAAUUGAUAUGUCUCAAUAAAUGUUUCCUUAUUUUUAGUUAAAGUAUGAAGGAAAAUGGGUUUUUUGCUUAGAGAAAAUUGAAAUUGCUGAUUUUAUGAGUUGUUUCAGGGCUCAUUAGUUCUCAUGUAACAAUUCUGUAUUUAAUUAUGUGUUAGAAGGAUUAAUUUGGUUGUUAGUCUGAGAAAAAAGAGAUUGAUUUAUUCAAUUUGUAGACUCUUCACUGUUGAUUUUAAUUUAAAAUUAUGUUGAUUUGGAUCUAUAAAAUAUGGGUUGCACUUCCUAUCUCACACCAGUUGCAAAGAAAGCACUUUGUAAACCUUAGAGCACUAUAAAAUGUUAGUAGCCUUUGUUGGCAUACAUAAGAAUUUUAGUCAUUUACAGAUUUCAACUUUGCCUUAGCUAUUUGAAGAAUUCAUUCAGAAGGUUUUUAAAGGAGAUUGUGUUUUCUUAGGUUUUUAAAAAAGCUAUAUUUAAUAAAAAUAAACUUAUUAGUUUUAAGAUUGAACAAGCACUAUGGUUAAUUUUAACUGGCAUGUAGAAUUUUCCACUAUCACAUAGUGUUAACUUUAAUCUUUUUUAAAGAGCUUAGUAGCUUCAUAAUUAAUUUUAUUUCUUUUUCUGAGUAGCUUGGGAGAAUUGUUGGUAAAUAUGUGUAUAAAUGCAGAAGUUUAGGAGUUUUUUUUUUUUUUUAUUUCAUGGCCUUUACUGUUUUUAUAAGUGCCCCAUUAUUUCUAAUUAUCCAAAAACCAAGAUAAUAGUUGUUUCAAUGUAGCAUCACAAAAGUACUUGUCAUCACACCUUUCAUAUGCAGGUCCAGAUAUAUCCCCCACUACCUCUGUCUUAAUUGUGUGUAUGUAUUUUGUGAUGGAGGGGUAAGAAGUUGAAUGGACCAUCUAAACUGAUAGAGCUAAACAUGGUAUGUAUGUAGACAAAAAAACCAAGACUUCCACUCUAAAAGUUGUAGGGAAAAGGUCAUCUAAACACCAAAGUUCGUAUAGGGAAAAACUGUAGGGACGCUGAGGGGAUAGGAUGGGAAACCAUACAAGGACACGUACAUGGUAGCUUGAAAACAAGAAUAAUUGUAGGAAAAGAAUGGAUGCAAAUAUAGCAUAGAAAUUGCCUGUAGUACCUAAAUAUCUUAGGAAAAAUGAGAUUCGUUUUGUUUUCUACUUGACUCUAGACACAACUUAGAAGCAAUGAAAGAAAGUUUCAUAAAAGCCCCACUAAAGGAAAAAUUCCCUAAAAUAUUGCCCAGAAAGUGGGGUAAAAUGUCUUCUAUUCCAGAAAUCUAGCAAACUACAAGGAAUUGUAUUUUAUUUUUUCUUGGGAGGGUGCGGAGGAGGAAGCAGAACAUCCAAGAAAACAUGGAAAAGAAGAAGGAAAAAGCUGCAUGUUUGAAAGAAAGGAACAAUGAAGCUAAAUCUUCACAUUGAGGAAAGUGGAAAGACUCAGAGAGACUCCAGGGGCCUUAUGAUUAAAUCUCUUUGUUUAUUGAGGAAAAGAUAAGACAUAAGGCCAUAAUUUGGCAAAACUUACAGUUUUUUUGAGUACUGUUACUGAUAGGCCAGGAGAAAAAGGAAGAGAAAAGAGGAAGUUUCCAGUCUAAACAAAAAAAUCCUGGUAGAAUUUCUUACCACCCAGCAAAGAGUUAUCUGUGAGAGAAUAAUGGACUCAGACAUUGCUGUGCUGACUGUAAUUGCAUAUGAUAUGAACUGAGUAAGCAAUCAAGGGUGUCAGAUGCCAUCUUGGAGCUAUGGAGAAUUGCAAGACUAAGUAAUGAAUAAACUCAAUAUAAUUAGGAGACUAAAAACCUCCACAGGAUUGUAUAGGAGAUAUUCAUGCUUGCUUCAAGACAUAACUCCUAGUUAGGCUGCUCAUUGCGCUCUGAAAAGAAUAUUUGCUUUUUGUGCCAUAAUAAAUCUUUAUUCAUUAAA